CACAGGCUCACCUACACCUCAUAUCAGUGCCGCGACGCCCCUGCUUCACCUGAUCCUCACCAAUAAAUGGGUUAACGCUGUCACCGGGAGAAAAUUAAUGGAUCGAGCUCAAAGGGAGAUCCCCUUUGAAUGUCUUGCUGUUUUAUCGAUUUUGGUAAUGUUUUUAAACAGACAUCAUCCCACGUUAAUUCGUAUUUGUGAUUUGAGAAACAUUUGAUCUGCAAGAUUUAUGAAGACAGACCGGACUGAUAUCACCGGCGCUCCAGACCCGUGGUUUGCGCAACGAGGUCUGUCCGUCUGCCGCCGGAGUGAAUCAUUGGGUGGAGGCUCAGAAGAUUAAACCCCGCUUAUCACUACCCAAACUCCCUGAGAUCUCUGAUGGUAUUUGAAAAAUAUAGACGGAUAAGUGAGCCAAUUCAAAGAAGCUACAGCUAAGCCGAUGGGAGAAAAUAAUAUAUACGUAUGUGGACCUGUCGAGAAGUCUGCGGCUGCCGUAUAGGAUUGUAUGGGUUUUUAAAAAGGCAUUGAAACUCUCAUGGGAGGAUGGGAUCGGUGACGUUUCCUAUGCAUAAAAAUCUCGAAGAGUGAACAUUUAGAUUUGAAGAUUAUUCCAUGCUUUUUAAAUAAGCGUAAAGAGAUUCCUCGUUGCGUCCAAGUGAUCGACCCUUCCAAGACAAAUAAGGACAGAUUGAAUCUUGGUUGACCGGAUUACCGUUCAAACAGAGAGAAGAUGCCGUUCCACCACGUCAGGUCUACUCUGCUCUACACUGGAAGUCUCCUGAGCCGAACGCUGUCUGAGGGGAGUGAGGCCUUCCAACUCACCAGCAUCUCCACUGAGGAGCUUGGAGAGAUCCGGGAGGCGUUCCGGGUGCUGGACCGGGAUGGGAAUGGGUUCAUCUCCAAGCAGGAGCUGGGCAUGGCCAUGAGAUCCCUGGGAUACAUGCCUAGCGAGGUGGAGCUGGCCAUCAUCAUGCAAAGACUGGACAUGGACGGUGAUGGCCAGGUGGACUUUGAGGAGUUCAUGACGAUACUGGGACCCAAAUUGCUGUCAUCUGAAACCAGAGAAGGUUUCUUAGGAAAUACCAUUGAUAACAUCUUCUGGCAGUUUGACAUGCAGCAGAUGUCUCUGGAUGAGCUGAAGCAGGUUCUGUUCAAUGCCUUCCGAGACCACCUGACUAUGAAGGACAUCGAGAACAUCAUAAUCAACGAAGAGGAGAGCCUAAAUGAGACAGGGAACUGUCCUGAGUAUGAGGGAGUCCAUCCUAAGAAGAAGAACAGACAGACAUGCGUGAGGAAGAGCCUGAUCUGCGCCUUUGCCAUGGCCUUCAUCAUCAGUGUCAUGCUCAUUGCUGCCAAUCAGAUGCUGCGGAACGGCAUGGAAUAGCCAGUAGCACUGUGAGCCUGAGGAGUGGGCGGGACAUGACCUCACUUCUCCCUGAGAGGAAUACAGGCCAGCCAAGACCCUAACACCUCUGCAUAGAAAACUAUGUUAUUUUUAAAUCAAGUUUGUUUUGAUUUAUAUCAUAAACUGACAAGAUGGUGCAAGGACAACAACAGAAAACAAGAUGUCACUUUUUGGUGGAACAAAAGAUAAAUCAGAAAACAGACAAAGCAACGUCACAAGGAGGACUUGAUUAACAUAAUCAAUCUUUUUAUAUUUUGUGGGGAAAAUAUAAAUUGCUUUCAUUUCUGUAUCAGAGAAGGCAACCCCUUUAAGAUUGAUUUUUCUACCUCCCCUUUAAAAAAUGGUUUUCUAAUCAAAACAAUCUAUUAACAUGCAUCAGGUGCUUUUGAGCCAUUCCUAAUUUUGAACUGAACUUUGGGUUCUGGAGUUCAUAUUACUUCAGGAAGACAAUAUCCGAUGAGGAUACUGUUAAUGUUUAAUGUUUUGAAGUGUAUAUAAACAUGUUAAUUGGUUCAUUUUUUUAACCUCUAUACUAGCUUAUAUUUACAUUUUGUAAUUACGCACAAUCACUUACCUAUGGACAUUCUACCAAUGUAUUUUUUACACUGCAACAGAGAAGAAUUGCAACUUGAGGGUAAAUUGGUGUUAACUAGCUAACAUUGAGUGACACAGAAAACCUUCUAUCCCUGACAUACAAUCCCUCUAAUUGUUCCUACGGUAUGGGCAAAUGUCUGCGUCUGUCUGUCUGUCUGUC